AUGGUGCUUGAGGACAUGGUCAGACUGCAAACCCAGCCUAAGCCACAGCCUGGUCAGCCUCCGCUCUAUUCUGGGACCUUUGACUGCUUCAGAAAGACUCUUGUUGGAGAGGGAGUCCGAGGCUUAUACAGAGGAAUGGCAGCUCCUAUUAUCGGAGUGACACCCAUGUUUGCUGUGUGCUUCUUUGGAUUUGGCUUGGGAAAAAGACUCCAACAGAGAAAACCUGAUGACGUUUUGACAUACCCUCAGCUGUUUGCUGCUGGCAUGUUGUCGGGAGUGUUCACCACAGUAAUCAUGGCUCCAGGAGAGAGAAUCAAGUGCCUUUUACAGAUCCAGGCAGCUACAGGUGAAACUAAAUACAGUGGCUCUUUGGACUGUGCAAAACAGCUGUACCGCGAGGCUGGGAUUCGUGGCGUGUACAAGGGGACAGUGCUCACCCUCAUGAGAGACGUCCCAGCCAGCGGAAUGUACUUCAUGACGUACGAAUGGCUGAAGAACAUUCUGACCCCUGAGGGAAAAAGUGUGAGUGACCUCAGUGUGCCUAGGAUCCUCUUUGCUGGGGGCCUGGCUGGGAUCUUCAAUUGGGCAGUUGCCAUUCCACCAGACGUGCUGAAAUCCCGUUUCCAGACUGCUCCUCCAGGAAAAUACCCAAAUGGCUUUAGAGAUGUGCUGAGAGAACUUAUCAGAGAGGAAGGAGUUGCAUCUCUCUAUAAGGGCUUCACAGCUGUCAUGAUCAGGGCAUUUCCCGCUAACGCGGCAUGUUUUCUUGGUUUUGAAGUCGCUAUGAAGUUUCUUAACUGGAUUGCACCAGGUCUAUGAAGACUUGGAAGUCCUUGGAAAAUAGAGAGGAGAAGGAAGAGAGUGCAAGUCUGCCUCAAAGGAAUAAACGAAUGAUCACUUGAAGUUUCAGGAAUGAUUGCUUGCCUAAUACCUUUUUGCCUUCCUCCCAUUCUUUCAGCGGUGCUAUGUGCCGUUCAGAAACAUAAGCUGUAGCUCUGAAACAGAGUUGGUGAGGAGUUAGAGGUGAUACACCCGCCCUCUGAGCCGAUGUACCACAGGAGUCAUGCUGCUAACAGACAGCUGUCACUAUUACACACACUACCUUAAGUACUUCCUCAUGGAAGAAGGCGACACUUCUUAAAAUGUAAUUCUUUAUUUACUGAAGAAACAUGUAGCUAUUAAUGCUGAAAAACUUCCUUAAAGUAAUUGUUUGGCAAUUGUACUUAACUCUCAGGACACGAGUUAGCAGCUGCACAUACUCGUAUCUACAAGCAACGUCAGAGAGAAUUCUCAUCUCUUGUAGUUUUUU